UGUAUAUAACAACACUUGACAAAUACUGUUAAAAAUCUCUAUUAGUGUAACCACAAGUUUAGUUCAGUGAAUAUAGUGAAUACUUUACUGUAAGUACUGCAAUAAUAGUCAGUUUUCAAUAUUACUGUAAGAAGCACUUGUUUUUUGUAAAACGUCAACAAUCCAACUGCAAAUUUUGCCAAUGGCAUCAUCUCUGGUGUCCUGCUCUUCAUCAUACUCUUCAUCUCCCUCUCAGACUGUUUCCAAUCCACACAAUUGGUAAAAAAUACCAUUAGAAAAAGUGUGUACAAUUUUGAGUCGUUGUGUUUGCUCGAUGACAACUGUGUUGUAGUUCAACUUUUGCCUGCCUGUGUUUAGCAUUUAUAAAACAAGUGCAUUGCAGUGUAAAAUGUGUCUUUUAGUGAGGAGUUUGUGUUAUGAGUUUUGCAAAAAGAGUGCAUGAUUUGACAAAUGGGUUUAGGCCACUAUGAAUUUGGUUCAGAGAUUGGGGUUUAGUGUUUUAGCAAUUCAAAAAAACUGUAAACUGCCCAUUGGUCUUCAGAGAAAUCAUAUAGGUCCUACACAAUCUUUGCUUUUCCAGCAUCUUCUGCAAAUGUGACACCAGCACUGACUUUAUGAUGUUGAGAUUCAUCUUUUUACACUACAAUUAAUAGACUCUUACACCUCUCAAUACUAUUACAAAAGAUACAAACAUUCACUGAUGCUCAAGAAAGCAACACGAUACAUUAUGCUAACGUUUAAAAAUGAUGAUUUGUGUCAGCUGUUAAUAUUUAGUUUAAAGAUUUAAUUGUAAUGUUAUUAGAAGCUACAAAAGAUAUUUAAAUGUUAAUCAGAACACAAAAUAAUAUUUUACACCAAUCAAUCAUCUUUUAAAAGUGUAAAUGUAAAUAUGUAUGUUAGACUUUUUAACUGAGCUGCUAUCAGUACAUUUUUAUCUGUGUUCUGUUACUAUAUAGACAUCUAUUAUAUAAGGUAUCACAUGGGUAGGUCUAUUAACAUUUUGCAGAUUAUGCAACAUGAUCAUAUAUAGGUUAUUAUAAUUUUGCAGAUUCUGCAAUAUGUAUGUUGAUCCCAAAUGUAUUUAUUUUUCACAUGCAUUCAAAACACAUACACAAACCAACCACUGGGAUUCAAAACGUAAUUUAUGACAUCACUAAAAGAUGGGUUAAUGAUAUUUAAAGUGUGAUGAUCUGGCAUCCCUCUCUGGUGAUUCUGAGAUACGGAUCAGAUUAAUAGAUUAAACAGCACCUGCAACACUUUGUAGACUGCAGUAUUUUUCUGACUCUCUAUUCUGUAACAGCAGCUGGGGUCCCUUCGAUCUUUAAUUUGUUUACAUUAUUGAGAAAAUGGCUGAUUUAAAUGUUUCUAAAUUGAACCUCACUCAGACUUUUUUGGUGCUGGAUCCAGAUGCACAUCUGAAGGCUGUCUUGUUUAUGACACCAUGUGUUAUUUUUCUCUAUGUAAACGGAGUCAUGCUUUUCACCUUAAGGCAAAAGACUGUUUUUCUGGAAACGUCCCGUUACAUUCUGUUCAGUCAUAUGCUUUGGGUCGAUACGCUCAAUUUGUUAAUGAGUAUACCUGUAUAUUUAAUUGGCUUUAGUAGGACCUUAUUUAUAAAAAAUGUCUGUUUUAUUAUUCUGGCAGCUCCAUCGUUUCUCUUUCAGGUUUCAAUCCUAAAUCUGGCUUUAAUGUCUCUGGAAAGGUAUGUGGCCAUCUGCUUUCCUCUCAGGCAUGCAGAUUUCACCACUUACAGAAGAACUCACAUGGCCAUUGCUGUCGUCUGGAUGAUAGGCUUAAGUCAGUGCUUUUCUGAAAUGAUUAUUUUCUAUGCUAUUGAUACUACAAACACAACAAUGAAUUUGUUCUGCUCAAGAACGACUCUUUUCAGACUGCAGGUGUAUAAGAAUCUUGAUAUAGCCUUUACUUGUAUAUUUUUUGUGUCUGUGUGUUUUACUAUAAUAUUUACUUAUGCCUCCAUAGCAGCUGUGGCUAAAACAGCCUCCUGUGAUAAGUUGUCAGCUAAAAAAGCCAAUAAGACUGUACUGUUACAUCUAAUACAGCUGGGUCUGGGUGCUGCAUCUAUUUUAGUUGGAGUUAUCCAAGAGGCAAUUUUUGCUCAUACCGAUUUUAAGACUUCAUUGAAUGUAAUGUAUUUUUGCUUUUUAGUGUUUAUAAUUUUUCCAAAAUGUUUAAGUCCUCUUAUAUAUGGCCUGAGAGACAAAGCUUUCAGUUGCUUAUUUAAAUACUACUUUACAUGUGCUAAAGGCAAAAUCAAACCAGUUUUGAUAGAAGGACAUGUUUAGAAACAAUGUUAUGAAAAUACUAUGUUACUGUUGUUAAACCUGUUGAAAAUGUUGUCCAAUUUUCUUUAGUAAAUAAUAAUUUUUGACUUUCAAAAUAUACAAAAACAAAAUAUGAGUCAGUUGCAAUAUCAAUCAAAUUUUAAACAGUUUUGUUGAAAAGAUGUGACAUUUAAAUGUUCUUUCAGCCCAAAAUUGAGGUGCACCUUCCCAUGUUCACUUCCUGCUGUCAGGACGAUAUAUAAGCAGAUGAAAAAAUAAAACGUGUCAUUACUGACCGUUUGAUUAAACUUUCCUUUUUGGCUAACCUGCAGCAGCUAAA